AUGAGCGACAGGAUCUCUUCUUGGAAUGUCGUCCACAAGCUGGAGAAGCGAGGGCUUCUCGUGGCUAUCAAUUGUGUUGCAGCACUAUCGAUUCUAUUCUUUGGUUAUGACCAGGGAAUGAUGUCUGGAGUCAACAACUCCAAAGACUAUAUCGACCUCAUGGGAUUCGGCUAUACCGAGAUGGUGGAGGGAGAACCAACACCGGUGGUCACCAACUCUCUACUGCAGGGUGGUAUCGUGGCUGUUUAUUAUCUGGGAACUCUUUUCGGUGGUCUUUUCGGCGGCUGGCUUGGUGAUCGCGUGGGCAGAAUCAAGACCAUCGCUGCUGGAGCCAUUUGGGCUAUCCUCGGUGCGAGUCUGCAGUGUCCCGCCCAAAACCACGAUUGGAUGAUUUGCGCACGAUUUGUCAACGGCAUUGGUACGGGUAUUUUGAACGCUAUCGUUCCUGUGUGGGCCACGGAGACCGCUGAGCACACUUCGCGUGGCCAGUUCAUCGCCAUUGAAUUUACUUUGAACAUUUUUGGUGUCGUCAUGGCUUACUGGCUGGAGUUUGGUCUUUCAUUCAUUGAUGGCGGGAAGUCGGCCUUCCAGUGGAGAUUUCCUAUCGCUUUCCAAAUCGUCUUCCUGCUUGUCCUCUUUGCAGUUGUCUGGUUUUUCCCCGAGUCACCACGUUGGUUAGUCAACGUCGGCCGUGAGGAGGAAGCCCGGUAUAUUCUUCAACGUCUGCGUGGUAGCAGCCCUGAGGAUCGCGUCCGUGCCGAAGCCGAGUUUCUGGAUAUCCAGGCUAUUGCUGAGAUGGAGAAGACCGUUGUUCACGGUGGUGGUCACUCUUAUCUGUCGAUGCUCUUUGGUUACAAGUCCGGAGAUCUCCAUAUUGGUCGCCGCGUACAACUGGUUGUCUGGUUACAAAUCAUGCAGGAAUGGGUUGGUAUCGCUGGUGUCACCGUUUACGCGCCGACGAUUUUCAGUAUUGCCGGGUUUGACUCAAGGAAAAGCCAGUGGAUUAGUGGAUUGAACAAUGUGUUUUACAUGUUUGCAACUCUCGUGUGUGUUUUUACUUUAGAUCGCAUCGGUCGCCGCUGGACGUUAUACUGGGGCUCAGUCGUGCAGGGCAUCGCCAUGUUCCUUGCCGGUGGAUUCUCACGUCUUGCCAUUAAUGCCAAAGCCGAUGGUGACAUGGGCCAAGCUUCAUCAUAUGGUGCAGCCGCUGCUUCUAUGAUUUUCAUCUUCACCUCGACUUUCGGAGCCACAUGGUUGACCGUGCCCUGGGUGUACCCUGCUGAGAUCUUCCCUCUGGCCGUUCGUGCUCGUGGAAAUGCAUGGGGUGUUGUUGGUUGGAGUAUUGGAAAUGGAUGGCUGACCCUUCUGUGUCCUGUCAUGUUCGGAGCUAUCGGUGAAAAGACUCUCUAUGUCUUCGCUGCUAGCAACGUCAUCACCAUCCCCAUGGUGUGGGCUUUAUAUCCGGAGAGUAGUCAGCGUACCCUGGAAGAUAUGGAUCUUCUGUUUGCUUCUCCAAGCCCAUGGGCCUGGGAAGCCGAAAAAACCUUCGCUCGCCUCAAGGCCGAGAACCCGGGUAUGGUCGAAGCUGUCAGCCGCAAGAACAGUGUUUUGGACCCAGAGGCCGGCAAGUCAUUUGAGAUUGCCAAGGCAGGGGAGAAUGCUACUGCUGCUGAGCAUUUCGCGUUCGACGCGUCUCACGCGUCAGAAGCCGAUCUAGCACUUUACGCCUGCAGCCCAGACCAACACUUGUUAUACGAAUUAAGAAGAGCUUCUCUUGAGAUCAAGAAAGCUAUCCAUCUAUCUACGAUGGCAACAGAAACAACCCCAGAACCAUCGCAAGUGGUCUCGGCCACACUCUCGCCCCACUCCCAGCCAACCGCUAAAUCAACCACCACAAUCACCACAACUACUAUCACCACCGACACUCAAACUGAAAUCCAAAAGUACCUCCGACGUAUCUCUCUCCACCCAGCACUGACCCCGUUCCGCCGACGCGUCUACCGCGCUCUCCUCUCUGUCCCUGAGGGGCGAUGGACCACAUACUCCGCGAUGGCAACAUACCUCAAUUCCAGCGCGCGGGCGGUAGGCAAUGCGAUGCGCACGAAUCCCUUUGCGCCUGAAGUGCCCUGUCACCGAGUUCUGGCGGCAGACCGCACACUUGGCGGGUAUAAGGGGGAGUGGAAGGUUAGCAAGCAUAUAGGGUCUGGUUCCUUUCGCGACGAGAAGAGGUUAAGACUCCUCGACGAGGGGGUUACUUUUGACGGGGAUGGGAAGGCAGGCGGAUCUUGUUUCAAAGAAUUCCGAGAUUUAGGGGCGAAAUAA